UUGAGAGAAAUGCUCAAACUUAUAGUUUUAUUCUGUCUAUUAAUCAAAACCCAUUCAUGGACUUGGAAAGAUUAUCCAUCCCCUAGAGGACCUAAUUAUUCGAAAUGUCGUGUUUCAAGGCCAGGCAAUGUUUGUGAUCCAGAUGGAAUGUUAACUGAUCAGCAGAGAGAAGAAAUUGUUCAAAUGACUGAGGAUUUUAAGGAAAAAACUAAAAGAACAAAUUCAAAAUUUCUGUCCAUGAGAGGGGGACUUGAACUAUUCGUGGCUUUGGCAAAAGAUAAGAUUGGUGAUGACGAUUCUCCCUCUGGAAUAACUCAUUUGUGCUACUAUGAUAAAUGGAAGUCAAUGGGUGAGCCAAAAUGUGGGUCAGCUGUACAGGGAAUUGAAUUAAAUACAGAUGGUUUCCGUUAUUGCUAUUCAACGCAUUGGUUAAUGAUCCUUAACAGAGAUGAAUAUGUAGGACUUAACAAAGCAGAGGAACAUAACUACGAAAACGGAAACUACUUUGAAGCGCUAAAGAGUUAUAUUGAAAACUUGCUCAUGCUUUACGAUCACCGUUUCUCAAUUUUCGAUAAAAAUGAUCAUUCUAACAAGGAUGAAACUACACUAUCACAAGUGCAGCAAAUAUCGCAAUAUACUGAAAAAAUAUUAUCAAAAGUAAACCAAUCACUUGAUGGAGUAAUCGAAAAAAUAAACAAAUUUGGUGCUGCCAUAGAUAAGAAUAAUAUGGAAUUAUUGGAAAUGAGAGAAUUAAUAUCAAAAACACUAAUUCAAAUUGAAAAAAGUCGAAAUAAGAAGGAACUUUAAAUUACAGUACGCCCGAGUAGUUUUACCCUCCCGCAGUUUUUGCCUUCUCUCGGGUUUUUUCGACCUUAUUCGGGCUCGAAUGUGGAUCCAGAUACUUGGGGAUGAUCCUAAUACCCAAAGACUUAGACAGACUCGGUUUAAACCGAAUCGGGGGUUUCCCAAUUACUUGGUACUCAAUUACCGAACCCAAGUUCGAGCCCGAUUAAGGAUGAUAAAACUCGAGGGAGGUCAAAAACUGUGGGAGGGCAAAGCCACUUGGACGUCUCUAAUUUUAAUUUCUCUAAAUGCAAUCCACCAAGUCAGUAUGAGAUACACCCUUAGUGAUGUAAAAUCUUAUUUGCUAACCAGG